UUCAGAUCUGCAUCAUCUCAUCACCUCAUCAUGAAGCUGCUGGCUGUGUGUCCUAGUUUUCUCUGUGAUGGCUCAGACCAGAGCUGACCCUAUCCAAGAUGAUGGUUCCACUGAUCAAGAAGAAGUUGACUUGGUUCAGAGAUCUUCUUGUCCUCCUGGCUGGUCUCCAAUCAAGCAUCGCUGCUUUCACUAUGUUUCCAAACCCAUGACCUGGGCUAGAGCCGAGAUACACUGUCUGUCCAUGGGGGCAAACCUUGCAUCAGUUCAUGACAUGAAAGAGUACCAUCAGGUUCAGUCUCUGAUAACUAUGGCGACUUACAAGUUUGGAAGAACAUGGAUUGGAGGCACUAAUGCACAGGAGACGAGAGUUUGGUUGUGGAGCGAUGGGAGCCCUCUGCACUAUAAAAACUGGUGUCGAAGACAGCCUGAUAACAGUUGGGGCAGGCAGCACUGUUUGCAGAUGAACUAUUCUGGUGAAAAGUGCUGGGAUGACCAGAGAUGUUCUGUCCGUCUUCCUUCUGUCUGCGCCAAGGAAAUCUAAUGAGUUCGAUGUUCACAAAGAUGCAGGAUCCAGAGGAGGAUUGGUGUUUUUGUUAACCUGCCUUUUUGAAGCCUCAGAUGUCCUAAAACUCAUUUCUGCUUCUUUCCUUCACAUAAUUUCUCUUUAUUGCAACCUGGCAAAAGGAAGCCACAAAUAAACAGUGGGUGGAUUUUCGCUCUUUAAAUGGAGCUGUAUGUGUUAUAAAGAAAUUAUGAUUUAAGCUAAACUUUCUUGUUUUCUUACGCUUUUCAAAAAUAAACAUUUGAAGCAUA